AAUCCAAUGGUCUACUAUAGCCUAAAGCAAAGAUGUGGCCUAGCUAUUUCUUGGCGAUAAAAAUUAGAAGAAAAAUGAUUUGAUUCAUGAGUCCAAUUUAAGAAAAUAAUAAUCAUCUUUGAACCAAAGUCAAUUGCAUACUGAGAAUCUGAAGGCAUGGAUGCCAUUUUUUUCCACCCAAAUUCAAUCAUCACUCUUCAAUCCUGUUUUCAUUUCAGCAAGCAGAUUAAUCAGAGAACAUUUUAUUGCUCUUUGAGAGAGAUUGCAGAUAGGCCUUCAGCUUUUACUUUGCCAAAUAUUGUGCUUCAGGUAAGUAUUUCAAAUGAUUGCGGUAGAAGAGGCAGAUCAUUAAGAAAAAGUUAUUUACUGGUAAGAACGAAAACGGAAGAUACAACUGAAAAAUAUCCACUGUCCGAUGGCAAACCACCCAGGCCUCGACAGGAGGAGGUGCUUGCUCUUUUCAGACGGAUCAACUCCUCAAUCUCGAACAAAGAGGCUAAAAGUAAACCAGAGACAAACAUCAGACUGUCCAAGGAGAUGUUGCCGGCAAAUAAAUCAAUCGGAGAGAAUCUACAACAAUCAAAGAAGCAAGACCGAGAUGUUCGAAAUAUGAAAUAUGAUCAACAAAAUGAUGUACUACGAUUGGCAGCAAAAUUCAAUGUAAAUAGACCACCGUCUAAAUUUGUUAGGUCAUCUCUGGUACCAUCUCAAUCAAUCCCGAAGGUUCAGUUGAAUAGUGUCCAAUCAAGAGCAACAGAUAAUGAAAAGGCUUCGAAAUUGCUACAUUUAGAGGAAAUGAGACUGCUCGAGCUGAAGGAAGUAGCCAAGUCUCGAGGAAUUAAAGGUUACUCUAAGUUGAAGAAGGGUCAGCUUUUGGAACUACUAAAGUCACAAGAGACUGAACUUGAACAGAAUUGAAAUGAGUUCAUAAUGCUAAAAGCAGGACUUUUAGUUUCUAUUAGAGAAUAUAUAUGUAAAUGCAUAAACUGUUUAAACAAGAUGGGAAAAAAUAGUAUUCCAAAUUCUACCAAUACAAAAUUCUCUUCAACAGUUGCAACGCAAA